AUGGAGUUGAAGCAUAUUGUAUUUGGCUUGGCAUUUGCCUUUGUUAGCUACAUCGUCGUGGAAUGGCAACGACCAAAGGAAGGCAUUCAGGAGCCUCCUGCACUUCGAGCAAAGAUUCCAUUCAUUGGACAUAUCAUUGGAAUUGCUACUCGUGGACUUCGAUACUUUGGAAAGGCUUGCGAGGGAUCUGAUGAGCCCAUUGUUACAAUCGACUUUCUGGUUUCGAAAGUUUACUUGGUCAACAAGAGCAGUGCAGUCAAGGAUGUUCAACGAAACUCGAAGGUCAUUACCUUUGACCCCUUCCUUGACUCUGCUGCUGAGCGUAUGGUGGGCGUCUCGGCUCAAGGUCUGAAAUUGCUCACAGGCAAGGAGAAGGGAGGCGGUGACCUCAAUCGAAAGGUUGUGAAAGCCAUGCAUCCUACUCUUCUUGGUCCUGGUCUAGACGUAGCCAACAGAAACAUGAUCAACAAUCUAGUAAAGUCCGUCGAUGAGCUGGCUUCAUUGGGCAACAAAAGCUUCGAUAUCUAUGCCUGGUGCAAGCAUGCCAUCGCUGUCGCUAGUACGGACGCCGUAUGGGGUGAGAAAAACCCGUUAAAAGAUCCCGAGAUCGAAGCAGCCUUCUGGGACUUCGACUCACAUCUGCGCCUGUUGCUCUUCAACGUCUUUCCUACCAUCAUUGCACGAAAGGCAUAUCGAGGUCGUGAGAAAGUCGCAGCUGCUUUCGUCAAGUACUACAAUGAGGGUGGUCAGCAUGUGGCUUCGGAGCUCGCCCAAGCACGUUGGAAAGUUCAGCAUGAGAGUGGAGCCACCACCGAAGACAUUGCUCGCCUGGAGACAGCGACUGUGCUUGGAGUAGUGUCAAACACAACACCAUCUUCUUUCUGGAUGCUCUUCGAUAUCUAUUCACGCCCUGCUCUGCUAACACAGCUCCGCGAUGAAGUGCGCGAGCAUGCACUAAAGAAGAAUGAUAAUGGAGAAAUGAUAAUCGAUCUCGCUGCCAUGAGGGACGAUUGCCCAAACCUCCUGGCCACUUUCCAAGAAGUGCUUCGUACGCAUUCGAAUGGCGCUCCUACUCGCUUCGUCACAGAGGAUAUAGUGUUAGGCGACAAACACCUGCUAAAGAAGGGUCGCAUCCUCAUGAUGCCCGGCAUGAACAUGAACUACGAACCCAGCAUCUGGGGCGACGACUCUCAAAACUUCGACCCUACACGCUUCAAGAAAGAAACUUUAAAGCAACGACCAACCAGCUUCAUGUCUUUCGGCGCAUCACCAAAUCUAUGUCCCGGACGCCACUUUGCAAGCGGAGAGAUUCUUGGCCUGGCAGCCAUGAUGAUUUUACGCUACGACAUCACCCCUAUUGGUGGAAAAUGGUACUUGCCAAAGUUCUGGCAGGGCGCUAUUGCAGCUUCUAUGCCUUUUCCUGCAGAAGCGUAUAAUGUGACUGUGACGCCUAGAGAAGAAUUCGCUAAUACGACAUGGGCGUACAAGUCGACUGAUGGAAAGGGCAAGUUCCCACUUAUCACAGGCUGA